CUGAUUGAUCAGCUGAAGGGUGAAGGGGUUGUGUUUCCAUUCCCAAGAGUUUGCUUGUUAGUUUGGGCUCUCCUGUCGGCGGAGAUGGCUGGUUCUGAAGGCUGUGCUCAGAGGAUGGCAUCAGUGGCCAACUCGCACCUCCAGCCGUCACAGAAAGACGCAGCUGACCAAAACUUCGACUACAUGUUCAAGCUCCUCAUCAUCGGCAACAGCAGUGUGGGUAAAACCAGCUUCUUGUUUCGCUACGCGGAUGAUUCCUUCACUUCGGCCUUCGUCAGCACGGUGGGGAUCGACUUUAAGGUGAAAACCGUUUUUCGCAACAACAAGAGGAUCAAAUUACAAAUCUGGGACACAGCCGGACAGGAGCGCUACAGAACCAUCACUACAGCGUAUUACAGAGGAGCCAUGGGCUUCCUGCUAAUGUACGACAUCACAAACCUGGACUCCUUCAACGCCGUUCAGGACUGGGCCACACAGAUUAAGACAUACUCGUGGGAUAACGCACAGGUGAUACUGGUGGGCAACAAGUGUGACCUGGAAGAUGACAGACUCAUUCCAACAGAGGACAGUCAGAGACUGGCUCAUGAACUCGGUUUCCAGUUUUUCGAGGCCAGCGCCAAAGACAACAUCAACGUGAAGCAGGUUUUCGAGUGUCUGGUGGACGUUAUAUGUGUCAAGAUGACUGAAAGUCUGGACGGAGACGGUCCGGUGUCCAACCAUAAAGACUCCAGUCAGCAGGACACGUCCUCCGAGGGGCACGCCGGCUGCGCCUGCUAAAACAAACUGUCUCUCUGUCACGUCGAGAACUUCACUUCACUAUUCACCACUGCUUGGGGUGAUCUUUGCUUUCCUUCGUUUAACCCAAACAGCAUCUGCUAAACGCGCUCAGUGUUGUUUGUUGA